AUGUCGACCAAAAUCACUAAGGUCAACCAUGCGGCAGGCAUCUUCGCUGAUAUCUCCGUCGAUGGCCCGGUCAUUGGAACCCUGGUCGCCAUUAUCGACCGAGCCAAGAACCUGCCCAACCGCAAGACGAUGGGAAAGCAGAACCCAUACGCGGCAGCACGAUUGGGCAAAGAAGCCAACAAAACACAGACCGACUUGAGAGGAGGACAGACCCCGAGAUGGGACUCUGAACUUCGCUUCACUGUGCACGAGUCACCCGACUACUACAAGUUGAAGGUAUCUGUUUUCAACGAGGAUAAGAAAAACGACUUAAUCGGCGAGACCUGGGUUGAUCUCCAGAACUUGAUUAUUGCCGGUGGAAGCCAGAAUGAUCACUGGCACCCAUUGCAAUGCCGUGGAAGAUACGCAGGAGAGAUUCGCAUCGAAAUGACUUAUUACGACACACGACAGCAAGAUGAGGCUAUAAUUGAGCGCAGGCAAGAAGCCGCCGACAGGGUUCAAGGAAAGAUCCCCACUACCCCAAGUGCCACAGGGUUGUCCGGUCCCCGAAACUUAAAAGAUGUCAAACGACGACCACUACCCAGCGGCCCUGCCGGGGCUACACCACCAGCGAGACCAGCUGCAAUUGAACAAACUCAUUCGGCUCCUCCCCCUCUUCAUCACCCGGCCCCAUCGCGCCCAGCCAUUCCUGAGCACCUGAACUCCGUUGCAAGUGCCCCCGAACCAAUUGUUCACCCAGCAAGAUAUUCGGAACCUGUAUAUGAUGCGUCCGCCUAUCGUGCACCUUCUCCCGUCCCCCCACCUUCUCGGGGUGGAUUUGACGGAGCUGAUAGUUACGCACCCGAGCGGGAUAACUCCGUUGUGGCCGCUCCUAUCCGCAGGCAGAAUACCCAUGAAGUGCAAUAUGCCGCCCACGAAGUAGUUCAGCCCACAUAUGACCCGCGCCCACUACAACCUCGGAGUCAAUCCGACUAUGAUCAGCCACCCUCCCGAGACUACCGCCUGGCUCGUGAACAAGCGUAUGAACCGGAUCCCCGAGAGGCGAUGUAUCAUUCCGGACAUCAAGACCCAUACGCUCAACCCGAGCAGCCCAGAUACAAUCAAGAUCCCAUCUCGUAUGGUGCCCCACAACCACAUGAACUGCCUCCCUCAGACUACAUGGUCGACGCUGUACAGGACCCAAUGGAUGAUCCGAGGUAUCGUCAGCAUAGUGUUCGCCCGCUUCAACUUACUGCUCGUCCUCAUGAUUGGCAUCCAGAGUAUGCCGGUAUGCAACCACGAGUAGAAGAUGAAGACGAUGAUGGACCACCACCCCCACCACCAGCACAUCGAUCACGGAGAGCAAAUUCUCAGUUGCCUACACCGCACUCCUCUCCAAGACCAUACGCCCCCUACACGCCUCGAUCCGCACCCCGAUCUCCCGCUGCUCAUAUUCCAUCAAACAUGUCAACACCGUCACGAGGUCGGUACCAGGAAGCCUCCUCGUCGAGGGGUUCACCAGCAGUGCCUGCUAGCCUGGUCGCUGGAUAUGAGACCGAAGACUCCUCUGAAAGAGCUGCAUUUGAGAGGUCUGCUCGCAGACCCAGUAACCAGUGGGAGGAUGAGAUGAUGUUCUCCGAACCUCCUGCACCGGUUCCUGUCCCGGCAUCUGCUCACUACGAUGCUCCCGUCUACCCCCUGCGGACAUCUCCACGUCCUGCGAUUGACCAGAGGCCUGUGUCCAGCAGAGGUGUGAGUCCUGACACGCGUGCUGUGACUCGCAAGUCAGUCAGCCCACGACCCACAUCUUCGGAUGGCCGUGGUGGCUCUUCAAUUCCCUUCUCCCCUGACUCCUACUCUUCUUUGAACCAUCACACAUCUCGUCCUUCCAGUCGGGAUCCUUCGCCUAUGUACGACACGCCUUCCCAAGCCAGAGAUGCUGUCGUGCGCGGGAAAACUGUACCCCAACGCGAUCUAGAUCAGCCGAUCAUCGGAGACGAUGGCCGUGAGAUCGAUCCCUCUGACCACCUACCCACCGACACCUGGGCCCCCGAGCCAGAGAGGAAGAACCGCAAACCAGAAGUCAUCAUCCGCUUCAAGCACCAGUCUCGGCCAACAUCUCGAGGCAACGAUGCACCCGCUGCCCGCCCCACCAAUCCUCCCCGGGUGGGAUUCAGUCCUCACACGACAACUUAUCCUGCGGAUCGCCAGAUAAAUUACACACCCACCCAUCAUGCAAGCCCAGGGGCUGUGGUCCGAACCCCGCCCCGCGCAGACUAUUCCCGUGGACGCCCAGACAGCUAUACUCAAAGCCGAGCCUACACAACACCCACUUCAGUCGAUCGUCCACGCUCUUCACGAGGCUCUGUGUCGCCAACCCCCAGCUCCCGUUCUCCGCUAUAUGAAUAUGGCUCUGGCCCACCAAUUCCAAGCAAAGUUCCAAUCUCCGGUGGAAGCCCCAGCUACCCCGUCAUGUCUGGAAACCCCAACAUGGGCCGUAUGGAUGCCCUCAGUCGCGAGCUGAGCACCAUCGAUAUCGGGUCUCCUGGGUGUAGCCCUGGCCGUGGCGCAUUGCGAAAAUAUGUUCCUCGUGCAUCUGCAUCGAUGGGCUACGCUAGCUGA